GAAAAAAAGAAUAUGAAGAAACAAGCUUUACAAUUUACAAGACAUUUUUAUGAAACUCCGUAGUAGAGGGGUGAUUGAGGUUCCGUUCUCGUCGCGGUUUCACUGUCGAUGUAUCAUUCCAAGAAAAGAUGAAUAGCAGAUUUGCGGGGGAUAUGGCGAUGAUUCCCAAUCUUCAAAGGCAUCUGCUUUUCAACCCAAACGCCAAUGGCAGAAACGCCCAACACCCAUUUUCACAUUGCCUUUCCACUCUCAGCCAGCUCUUUUCCCCUCCUUCCACCGCCGCCGCCGCCUCCCAGCUCUUUUCCGGUCCUUCCAACGCCGCCGCUGCCGCUGCCGCAGACGACAAUGACGCGAAACUCCCUGACGCUGCGAAGCCCAAAUUGAGCUCUCGAAAGAAGGCUCUAGCCUUGGCUGAGCUCAUUAAGUUCCAGCCAUGGUCACCUCAAACCGAGUCCUCUCUCUCCGCUCUCGCCGGCCCCUCUCUCUCCGAGACCACCGUUAUCCACUCCAUCCGCCUCCUCAAAACUCCCCGGAAAGCCUUGAAAUUCUUCGUCUGGGCCGAGCAAAAAGGCUUCGCACUCACAUCCCAAUGCUAUUUCCGCAUGCUGGAGCUCCUCGGAACCGAGAGGAACCUCAACACCGCCCGGAACUUCCUCUUCUCCAUCCCCAAGAGGUCUAAUGGCGCGGUGCCGCUCGAAGCCAGGUUCUUUAACAGCCUGAUCAAGAAUUACGCCGUAGCUGGGCUCUUUCAGGAAUCAUUGAAGCUUUUCACCUCUAUGAAGGUAAUUGGGAUUUCCCCAUCAGUAGUUACAUUCAAUACUUUGUUCUCAAUUUUGAUGAAAAGGGGUCGAACUGGUAUGGUCUAUGAACUGUUUGAUGAAAUGCUCAAGACAUUUGGUGUGAAGCCCGAUUUGUAUACCUUUAAUAUUUUGAUUAGAGGGUGCUGUAUGAAUUCUAUGGUGGAUCAAGGGUUUAGGUUCUUUAAAGAAAUGGAGAAGCAUGAGUGUGAGCCUGAUGUGAUCACGUAUAAUACGAUCGUUGAUGGGUUGUGUAGGGCUGGGAAAGUAGAAAUUGCACAUAAUGUUGUCAAAGGUAUGCUCAAAAAGGGCUCAGAUUUGAGUCCUAAUGUUGUUACAUACACCACGUUGGUCAGAGGGUAUUGUGAGAAGCAAAAAGUUGAAGAAGCUUUGAAUGUUUUCAAAGAGAUGGUUGAUCGGGGCCCAGAACCGAAUAGCGUUACUUAUAACACUCUUAUACAAGGGCUUCUUGAGGCUCGGAAGUUUGAUAAGGUAAAGGAGUUAUUCAAGGGAGCUGGAGAGGAUGGAAGAUUUGUUCCUGAUACAUGUACAUUCAACACAUUGAUCCACACGCAUUGCAGUGAUGGGAAUUUGAAGGCCGCGUUAGAAGCUUUUGAGAAGAUGUCAAUCCUAAACGCUGCUCCCGAUUCAGCUACAUACAGUAUCUUGAUACGGUGCUUAUGCCAGAAAGGAGAUUUUGAGAUGGCCGAGAAGUUCUUUGAUGAGUUAUUCAAGACAGGAACUUUGUUAUCUGAUGCUGGAUGCAGGCCCGUUGUUGCAGCAUACAACCCGAUGUUCAAAUAUUUGUGCGAGAAUGGGAAGACAAAGAAGGCCGAGAAAGUUUUUAGACAGCUAAUGAGAAUGGGAGUUCAAGAUCCUUUGACUUUCAAGACUUUGAUCAUGGGAAAUCGCAACGAGGGCAUGUCUGAAGAUGGACAUGAACUCUUGGUUUGGAUGUUGAGGAGAAAUUUCGUGCCUGAUUUUGAGACGUAUGAGUCUCUGCUCGAGGGCCUGCUGCAAGAGGGCAAACCCAGACUUGCCUAUGAUACUCUGGAGAGAAUGCUGAAGAGCUCACAUCUUCCUAGAACAUUUGUUUUCCAUAGCAUCCUUACGGAGCUUGUCAAACAGAAUUGCGCUCUCGAGUGUGCUGACCUAGUGGUGUUAAUGUUGGUUAAAAAAAUAAGACAAAAUAUCAAUCUCUCAACAGAUACUGUAAGGAUACUUUUCAAAGCGGGUUUGAAGGAGAGGGCAUUCGAGAUUCUUGGGUGUCUUUAUGAUAAUGGGUAUUUGGUAAAUAUGCAAGAAUUGAUUGUGUUUCUUUCCCAGGGGAAAAAGUUAUCGGAAGCACGUGACUUGUUACUGUUUAGCCUAAAGAAUUCUCAGAGCGUUUGUAUAGAAAUAUGCAGCACUGUUCUGUCUGCACUCUGUAAAGCCUGCAGAGCUCAAGAAGCAUUUGAGCUUUACUAUGAAUUAGUGGAGAGACAAAUUGAACUACCUCUGAACUGCUUAGAGGAUUUAAGGCUUAGACUUGAGGUAGAAGGAAGGUCUAAAGAAGCUGAAUUUGUUGCCAAGAGAAUGCCGAGACUCGAGGGAGCUUUGGAUUACAUUGGUCCAAGGAUCACGUAAAAAGUUUUUUGCAGAUUUACAUAUCAUCGUAUUGGUGAUGUCUUCAGAGAUAGAAGAUUAUCGAAAUCCGACGUCCUUGACUUGUCAGCUUGAGGCGGGCCAAAAAUCUCCCAGAAGCGAAGAGUUUCAUCUGCUCCGGCUGACACCACAGUCAAUCCAUCAGGGCUCUGCAAUGUAAUACGCUUUGUUAUUUUCAGACUAUAGUUCUCAUUCCAUUCAAAAGAACAUAGUCACACACACACACACACAAACCUGUGAGAGAUGUAGAGCUCUCGAGGCAUGAUUCCAUGAAUCGCAUAUUUUGGACAUGGAAGGAUACCUCCAUAAGCAUAACUUCCCUGUUCCAUCGCCCCUCUCUCCAAAGCCAUGGCCGCUUAGUAGCUCCUUAUGAUGCUUGUUCCAUUGCAACCCACAGAUCUGGUCACCUCACCAAGUUUUUCGAGAAAGAGAUAGGUCUUACAAUCUUUGAAGUCUCGGCAUCCCAAAGCUGAAUCUUGGAGCUUGCGCAUCCAACUCCUAAUGUUUUUGCAUCAGUAGACCAUGCAAUACUGCUCGGAUAAUCGUCUUGAUUAUCCUCUUCCUCUUCCAACUGCUGAAUUCCAUGGUUGGUGGCAUUCCACAGGUUGCUCAUCUCAGAAGCCUCAGAUGAUUCUGAAUAGCAAAACAGCAAGAAUGUUUACCUUGGGGAAAGCUCGGGAUUGUUUAUUGACAUCGGUACAUGAAAAGCUUUCCUCAUCACUGCGACGCAUUUCAUCAAUUUCUCGAAUUGAUUUUCUGCUGCCCUUAGGACUCCCCCUGAACACCAACAUUCUGAAUGGCCUUCCUUCUUCAUCCAACUUCAAAGCUGCUUCCAGUCUCCUUCUGUAUUCACCCUUCAUACAAAAGGGGGAAACCCAUAAUUCCCAAUUUCCAGAAAUGGGCAGAAACCAAAAGCAUUCAUUCAAACUAAUCAAGAAAGACAUACUCACAUUGUACUUUGAUUUGCCCAGUUCUUUUGAUGGGUUAGUCAACAGAGUGUGGGCUCGAUCAAGAUCCAUUAGACUUCGAUUUGGUAUGAAUCUGUCUCCCUUCAUCAAAGAAAAUCAAAACCCAUUGGCACUUGGCAAUUCAUGACCCCAAAAAAAUCAUCAGAAAAGCAAGAACUUUGAUGUCAAACAGACAAACUGUGUAAGAAAAUGGAGAAAGAGAGUGUUGAGUACAGGAAAAUCGUAUUCUGUGGGAGUGCUGAGGAGACGGGUGGGAUAGUACCAAUGGGAUUGCAGUCUUUCAAGAGAUUUCUGAUCCAUUCUUGAAAUGUUCUUUGAGAAAGAGAGCAAUUGCCUUCACAGGAGCAGAAGAAGAAGAUGAAGAAGAAUGAAGAAACUUUUCAAAAAAAGAAGAAUGAAGACACGGCUUCUUGCACUCUUAUACUCGAUGCUUAUUUCGAGCCAAAAUCUUUAAAAUUACAAUUCUUGAUGAAAAUUUUGACUCUCUUGUCCAAGGAGACACUGGAUUAUCUUAAGGUCAUUGAAGAAGAUUGUGUUCACUUUUUUUUUC